AUGGGGGAUUUCAACCACCUGGAUGUCUGCUGGGAAAGCAAUACAGCUGGCUGUAAGAAAUCCAGGAAACUCCUGGAGUGCAUCAAUGACAACUUCCUGGUCCAGGUAUUAGAGAAACCAAAGAGAGGUGAAGUGUUACUGGACCUGGUGCUCACCAAUGCAGAUGAGCUCACUAAAGGAGUUAAGGUUGGUGGCAGCCUGGGCUGUAGCGACCAUGCCCUGGUUGAGUUUGUGAUAUCAAGAAGUGUGAGCCUGGUGAGGAGCAAAGUCAAGACCCUGAACUUUGCAAGAGCAAACUUCCAGCUGUUUAAGGAGUUGGUGAAUGAGAUCCCCUGGCCACAGAUAUCGGGAGAAGUACCACCAGCAAUCUACGACCAAAUCUACCCUGGGGUUUGGGCUGAUGGGACCCCAGGAAGGGCCAGACACGCUCAACCUGUAACAGUAAGAUUAAAACCUGGGACACGGCCGGUAAGAAUUAAACAAUAUCCUCUCAAACUAGAAGACAGAAAAGGAAUUAAAGAAAUAAUUGACAAUUUUAUCAAAUUUGGUUUACUAAUUGAAUGUAAAUCAGAAUUUAACACACCUAUUUUGCCACUCCGUAAACCAGAUGGCAAGAGCUAUCGGCUAGUUCAAGACCUAAGGGCUAUUAAUAAAAUUGUUGAAGAGCUCCACCCAGGGGUAGCUAACCCAUAUACACUUCUAACUAAACUAAAAAAUGAAUAUGUCUGGUUUUCUGUUUUAGAUUUAAAAGAUGCCUUUUUCUGCUUGCCUUUGGACCCUAAAAGUCAAAAGUUUUUUGCCUUUGAAUGGGAAAACCCGGAUACAGGAAGACGAUCACAGCUCACAUGGACUGUUCUUCCACAAGGAUAUAAAAACAGUCCAACCAUUUUUGGAGACCAACUUGCCAAAGAUCUUGAAGAAUGGACUGCACCUUCAGACAGCGGAGUCCUCUUGCAGUAUGUAGACGAUUUAUUAAUUGCAACCAGUACACAGGAGGAAUGUGAAAGCUGGACUGUGAGCUUAUUAAACUUUCUGGGGCUGAAAGGAUAUAAAGUAUCUAAAAAUAAAGCCCAGAUUGUCAAGAAAGAAGUUACUUAUCUAGGAUAUGAAAUCUCAGGAGGACAACGUCAACUUGGGCCAGAAAGAAAAGAAGCCAUCUGUAAAAUACCUUUGCCACAAACUCCGAAAGAGCUUUGCACAUUUUUGGGAAUGACUGGCUGGUGUAGGCUUUGGAUCUACAAAUACGGACUAAUAGUCAAACCUCUAUACCAGAUUCUACAGGAUGGGGAUCAACAAUUAACAUGGACUGGAGAAGCUAAGCAAGCCUUCCAUCAGCUUAAGAAGGAACUGAUGCAGGCACCUGCACUGGGCCUCCCAGAUGUAACGAAACCUUUUUUGCUCUUUUCGCAUGAAAGGCAGGGAAUUGCACUGGGGGUCCUGGCCCAGCAGGUUGGACAAUAUCACCGAGCAGUGGCAUACUUCUCUAAACAGUUAGAUGAAGUGAGCAAAGGAUGGCCAGGAUGUCUGAGGGCCGUAGCUGCAGUAGUACUGAACAUACAAGAAGCCCGAAAGUUCACAAUGGGACAGAAAAUGACUGUUCUAGUGUCACACGUGGUUUCAGCAGUGCUCGAACAGAAAGGCGGUCACUGGCUCUCGCCCUCCAGGUUUCUCAAAUACCAGGCCACUCUAGUAGAACAAGAUGACGUUGAAAUCAUCACCACUAACAUCAUAAAUCCAGUAACAUUCUUAUCAAAUUCAACAACCACAGAGGAACCGGUGUAUCAUGAUUGCAUUGAAACAAUUGAAGCAACAUAUUCCAGCUGACCGGACUUGAAAGAUACACCACUACCUGAGGCAGAAAUGUGGUUCACCGACGGAAGCAGCUAUAUGAAAGAUGGAAUCCGCAAAGCUGGUUAUGCCAUAACAACCACAGAUCAUGUCAUUGAAGCACAAGCACUCCCUGCUGGCACCUCUGCACAAAAAGCAGAAAUAAUAGCCCUUACCAGAGCAUUGCAACUAGGAGAAGGAAAAGACAUUAAUAUUUGGACGGACUCAAAGUAUGCCUUCGGGGUAGUUCAUGCUCAUGGAGCAGUGUGGAAAGAAAGAGGGUUACUCACAUCACAAGGAAAACAGAUAAAGCACAUAGAAGAAAUCUUAAAAUUACUUGAAGCUGUCCAGUUACCGAAAAAGCUUGCUAUUAUGCAUUGUAGAGGACAUCAAAAAGGGAAUACAGACCAAGAAAAAGGCAAUCGAUUGGCAGAUCGAGAGGUGAAGAAGGCAGCAGAAAACGGCCAGGUAGAACUUGCCUCCCUAAUCUCUGAUGGCAAAAUCAUAGAGGUCAAGAGACCUGUCCAGGAAAUUCAGUUCCUAGGAGUGAAGUGGCAAGAUGGACGCUGCCUUAUUCCAAUGGAGGUGAUUAACAAAAUAGCAGCCAUGUCCCCACCAACCAGCAAGAAGGAAACACAGGCUUUCCGAGGCGCUGAGAUUGCCCAUGCGGUAGCCCUUGGGCCAGUAAGGACAGGACAGGACGUGAAGAACGUGCUCAACACUGCAGCCAGGAAGAAUGGCCCUUCCUGGAGCCUCUGGCAGAAAGUGCCUGGGGAGACCCAAGGACGACCGCUGGGAUUCUGGAGUCGGGGAUACAAAGGAUCUGAAGCCAGCUAUACACCAACUGAGAAAGAGAUCCUGGCUGCUUAUGAAGGAGUUCGAGCUGCCUCAGAAGUGAUCGGCACCGAAGCGCAGCUCCUCCCGGCACCCCGACUACCAGUACUGGGCUGGAUGUUCAAGGGAAGAGUUCCUUCUACACAUCACGCCACCAAUGCCACAUGGAGUAAGUGGAUCGCUCUGAUCACACAGCGAUCCAAGACAGGGAAUCCUAAUCGCCCUGGGAUUCCGGAAAUUAUCAUCAAUUGGCCCGAAGGUGAGAGUUUCAGACUAUCCUCUGAAAAAGAGGAGCAGGUGACACGGGCUGAGGAGGUCCCACCAUAUGACAAGGUACCAGCAGAUGAAAGGCGAUAUGCGCUCUUCACGGGUGGCUCCUGUCGCAUUGGAGGGACAAACCGAAAAUGGAAGGUAGCCGUAUGGAGUCCCACACAGCUGAGUGUGAAGGUCUGUCAUGUAGAUGCUCAUGUAACCAAGAGUCGGGCAAAUGAAGAGCAUUGUAAGAACGAGCAGGUGGACCGAUCUGCCAGGAUUAAAGUCUCUCAGGUCAUCCAUGACUGUGAGACAUGUGCUGCCAUCAAGCAGGCCAAGCGGGUGAAGCGUCUAUGGUAUGGUGGACGGUGGUCGAAAUACAUGUAUGGGGAAACCUGGCAAGUUGACUACAUCACGCUCCCCAAAACCCGCCAAGGCAAGCACUACGUACUGACCAUGCAAGAUAUUGCUGCCCAGGAGGAGAACCUGGUUGUGAAGGUACAUCAUGUAGAUGCUCAUGUACCCAAGAGUCGAGCCACUGAAGAACAUCAGAAUAACCAGCAGGUAGAUCAGGAUGCCAAGAUUGAAGUGGCUCCAGUGGAUUUGGAUUGGCAAUAUAAGGGUGAAUUAUUUCUAGCUUAG